UAAAAAAUAAAAAAAAAUAAAAAGAGACGAAAAAUGGGUUGGAAUCUUUCUUCCCUACCUCUGCUAACAUUAGUGUGCAUAGACUAUCCUACAUCGCCACCUCUCUCUCUCCCGGUGCUCUACUACUACUCUUACUUUUCAUACUCUCUCUCUCUCUCUCUCUUUUAUUCUCUCUCAUACGUAGACAAAGUUUAGUCCUUCUCAUCUUCUCUCUCUCUCUCUCUCUCUCUCUCACGAGACUAUGAACAUCUUCUCUGUAGGAUUUUCAAGUGGAGAUGAUUUUGAUGGAAAAGAAAGCAAAGUUGCUGCAGCGUAUGUAAACGAAAACAGAGCUACAAAACAGAGAGUUGGUAUGGAAAUGCACCAUGAUGAUGAAGAUGUUGAAGUGGAUUUCGAAAUCUGGCCUGUAGAGCAUCCCAUGGAACCCCCAGAUGAAGAUAGACCUGUUAAAUGUCCAAUGUCUGCUGAUUCUUCUGUUAUUAAUGAAGGAGGAAAACGAGAGAAAAGGUUUGGUGAGAGCAUGAGGAAAAGAGCAGAAGUUUCAGAAGAAAUGAACAAAGGAGGAAUGGAGGAGGUAGUAGAAGAGCGUCCAAUCAAAACGGUGCGUAAAAGGCAUCAUACACUCACACAUGGAGGAGACCAUAUCAUAAUGCCUUUAUCAAGAAUGCCACCUCUUCCUUCUCUUCCAACUCAGAGCGUCACCAUCUUCCAAAUGCUUCAGCAAUUUGACAAGUUCGAGUCCUGAAUUUAUUUAUAAAAAAAAAAAAAUUAAAAAACCCAAAAAAAAAAUAAUAAAAAAAAAAAUUUAGACCCUUUUAAUUUCUCAUCAAAGUAUGGUAUUUUUCCAAACCCACUUGGAGUGAUGAGAAGAAAAAAAAACUCAAUGUUUGUAGCUUGGUACUACUAUAGGACAAGAAAAAAUCCAACCAGUAGCAUGGACAUUUCCGUAAAAUUCACCUGCUUCUUUUCUCUUUUUUUUUUUUCCCCCUCAGAUUUUUGUUCAGUAUAAUAUAUAUAAUAUUAAUAUAUCACCAAAUCUUUCAUGUUGAUUUCA